AUGCUUAAUGGUGGGUAGUUGGUCAUAUUUGUCUUGAAUGUAAGAGUGGAUACUAUGCAGAAAGAAUAUCAAAUAAAUUUUAUUAAUGUCCCCUUGAAUUAAACUGUUAUAAUUGUACCUAAUAUAAUAACUAUCAAUAGAUUAUUGGAAAAUCAAUAUAAGAGCCUUCUACUAAAUGUUGA